AGAGAGAGAGAGAGAGACAGAGAGAGAGAGACAGAGAGAGAGAGAGCAGGCGGGGAGCAAGUCCUAUCUUUUUCACCUGAAGAUUACUUUGUCUUACACUGCUCUCACCCUCAGCGCUGGAAGUAGAUGAUCAGGAGGUGCCAGCUCUCGGUCUCUUGAUCUUUUUUUUUUCCCCCCCGGGAGGUGGGGAGGUUCAGCUGGACUUCUCUACAAAACCCCGGUGAUCAGCCUCUCCUGGAAGGACUGAGAAAUAGAAACCGGCACUUGAAGGAGACAGGACUGAAAAAAAAAAAAAAAAAAAAAAAGAAGUGAGAAAACUGCAAUAGAUGGCUCUCUGGCUGCAAGGGAAGAGAAGUUACAGACAAAUCAGCUUUUAAAAAGGACGGCGACAGUAGCCAGAAGAAAAGAAAGAACCAGGAAACAACUGCACUCCUGAAGAAAGAGGAUUUUCAAAUACGACUCUGUGCUCAACAAUGGGAGGCCGGAAUCCUCCAGCAGUUGCCAGCUCCUUGCUCCCCGUGGCCCUCUGCAUCUUGACCCUGCUGCCCCACGGCCUUGUGGGUGAGCCAGCGGAGGAGGGGAACGCUGGUAGGUCAGCGCCGCUCCAAAGGGUGAAGAGGGGCUGGGUGUGGAACCAGUUCUUUGUCCUGGAGGAGUACACCGGACUGGAACCGCUUUAUAUUGGAAAGCUCCACUCAGAUAUGGAUAAAGGCGACGGCUCCAUUAAGUACAUCCUGACGGGCGAGGGCGCGGGCACCACCUUCACCAUCGACGACGGCACAGGGGACAUCCACGCCAUCCAGAGGCUGGACCGUGAGGUGAAAGCCCAGUACGCCCUUCGCGCCCAGGCCCGCAACCGCCUGACGGACCGGCCUCUGGAGCCCGAGUCGCAGUUCAUUGUGAAGAUCCAGGACAUCAACGACAACGAGCCCAGGUUUCUGGACGGGCCCUACGAGGCGUCUGUGCCCGAAAUGUCCAAAAUAGGAACAUCUGUGAUCCAGCUGACCGCUACCGACGCCGACGACCCCACGUACGGCAACAGCGCUCGCGUGGUCUACAGCAUCGUGGAGGGCCAGCCUUACUUCUCAGUGGACGCCAAGACCGGCGUGGUCCGUGUGUCCCUGGCAGACAUGGACAGGGAGACCAGAGAAAACUACACUGUGGUGAUUCAGGCCAAGGACAUGGGCGGCCAGCUGGGGGGGCUCGCCGGUACCACCACUGUCAACAUCACGCUCGGAGACAUCAACGACAACCCGCCCAUGUUUGACCAGAGGUUGUAUCAGAUGAGCAUCGCAGAGGCGGCUCCUGUGGGCUCAGUGGUGGGGCGCAUCUGGGCGAAGGACAGGGACGUCGGGGUCAACGCUCAGAUGGAGUACAGCAUCAUCGAUGGAGAUGGAAGGGACACAUUUGACAUCAGCACCGACCCCACCAACCUCUUCGGCAUCAUCACAGUGAAAAGGCCGCUGAACUUUGAGAGCAAGCCCAGUUAUACUCUGAAGGUGGAGGGCGCCAACACCCACCUGGACCCGGCCUACCGCCACCGCGGGCCCUUCAAGGACGUCACCAUCGUGCACGUGAGCGUGGAGGACGUGGACGAGCCCCCGCUCUUUGACAUGCCGGUGUACUACGUGGAGCUGUCAGAGGACGCCGAGAUCGGCACCGUGGUGAAGGCGGUGUCAGCGAGGGACCCCGACGCUGCCAACAACACUGUGAGGUAUUCCAUCGAGAGGUCCAGCGACCCCGAGAAGUUCUUCUACAUCGAAAUCACCUCCGGGUCGCUGAUGACGGUGCGCUCGCUGGACCGAGAGCAGGUCGGCUGGCACAACAUCACCGUCCUCGCCAUGGAGAUGAAUAACCCCACACAGAUCUCCAGCGUGCCGGUGGCUGUGAGGGUCCUCGAUGUGAACGACAAUCCGCCCUCGCUGACGCACUACUUGGAGGCUUACGUGUGUGAGAACGCCAAAGCAGGACAGCUGAUCCAGACGGUGACGGCGGUGGAUCCAGACGAGCCGCUCGGUGGACAACACUUCUACUACCGUUUGGCUCCAGAGGCCGCCAACAACCCCAACUUCACCCUGAGAGACAACCAAGACAACACGGCGUGGAUCCUGACGCGGCGAGGAGGCUGGUCUCAGCAGGACCAGACCGUCUUCUACCUGCCCAUCUUCAUCUCCGACGGCGAGCCGCCGGUCCAGACCAGCACCAGCACGCUGACCAUCCGCGUGUGCAGCUGCGACCACGAGGGCAACGUCAUGUCGUGCAAUGCCGAGGCGUACAGCCUGCCCGCCAGCCUCAGCCGAGGGGCACUCAUCGCCAUCCUGGCCUGCAUCUUCGUCCUGCUGGUGAUGAUUCUGCUCAUGCUCUCCCUGCGCACCCAUCGCAAGAAGCCCUACCUGUGCGACGAGGAGGAGAACGUCCACGAGAACAUCGUGCGCUACGACGACGAGGGCGGCGGCGAGGAGGACACCGAGGCCUUCGACAUCGGCGCCAUGUGGAACCCGCGGGAGGCGCACCACCACCUGGGCAAGAUGAGGCAGGACAUGCUGCCGGAGAUCGAGAGCCUGUCGCGAUACGUCCCGCAGGCGUGCGUCGUGGGCGGCGGGGACAGCAACGUCCACGGGUACGUGCUGGCGAAGCUCCUGGACGCCGACGUGGACUCGUGCGCCCCGCCUUACGACUCCCUGCAGACCUACGCCUACGAGGGGGAAGGCUCGGUCGCCGAGUCGCUCAGCUCGCUCCAGUCGGGGACGUCCAACACGGACCACGAGUACGACUAUCUCAACGACUGGGGGCCUCGCUUUAAAAAACUAGCGGAGAUGUACGGCGUGCUGGAGACAAACGCUCCCCCGAUGUGGUAGAACAAAAGAGCCUUUUAGACUUUUAAUUUUUUUAAUCUGAGAUUAAUCACACCAAACAAAAAAAAGCGGGACAAAAAACAGCAUCAGAGGAGUGACACGAACGUGUGCGCGACAAAGCCGGGGAUGUGCUCACGCACACAUGCGUGACCGUUAGCACUUGAAUUCCUGCCGAAGCCUCGACCCUCCACAGCCUUGAAGGCCCGAGAUACCCGCAACAGCAGCAGCAGCAGCAGUGUGAGCUGGUUUUAAA